AUGAUAGUGAGAUGGCUUUUUUUUGGAAGUGUAGCGGCUGUGCUUGAGAAGGACAUGCUUGGAUAUGUCAACAAGUUCCGGAUGAGACAUAAGAUGGAAGAGUUACAUGAGCUGCCUUCAUUGCAUGAUGCAGCGAAGAUGCAGGCAACACACAUGUGCACAAGAGGGAUUUUGACGCACGAAGGACCUAAUGGGGAUGGAAAUACACUUGCUGACAGACUGAAGAGGUUCAGGUUUGUUGGACUGAAUGUUGGUGAAAACAUUGCAAAGCAAGAGGACGAUGACUAUACAGAGGUAGCAAAGCUAUGGAUGGGUUCUGAAGAACACAGGAACAAUAUUCUUGGAGAUUAUGUAUACUCAGGAAUUGCCACGUGUGUUGGAAAGGAUGGAAAUAGGUACUGGGUGCAUGUGUUUGGCAAGGAUGUCAGCAAUGUGGAGAUUGCAAGGAUGCGAAUCAGAAGCGAAGCAACAGAUACGGAUAGACCUGAUGAAGAGGACCAAAGCAAGCACAUUGGUAAUGAUGAAGGGAUAGGCAGUAUAAGAUAUACACAAGCGGGUGAUAGUAAGCAAUCAGAGAGCAUACAGAUUGGUGAUCAAGGAUACGUAAUGGUUAUCAAACCUGUGAAUUCUGAAGAGUAUCGAUUUGACACAGAACGUAUUUUAAUGCAAGAUAUGGAUAGAGAACAAGUAAGAAUGAAAGAUAAAGUGGAGGAUGGAAGAUUGAAUAGGAAAGCAUAUAAUAAUGAGAAUAAUAAGAAUGGAAUGCUGAUUGGACGGAAUGUAUUACAGUACAGCAGAUUGAUGUCUGAAGCAGCAGCAAAUAAAAAAACUGCAAGAGAUAUAAAAAGACUGGCAGAGCAUAAACAGCUGAGCUUUGGAGAUUAUUUGAUUCCUGAGAUCAGUGAUGAAAAGCAAUUGAAGACAAAAAGCAUACCAAAAGGUAACGAAAAUCGCAUUCAUGAAGAUGAUACAAAUGAUCCUGAUACAUCGAAUGUGCACAAGCUAAACAAUAGGAAUGACAGAUAUGUCGAUAAUAGUCCAAGUACAGGUGAAGAUAGAAGCAGACCAAAAACAAUUCGACUACACACGUCUACUGGAUCUGUUGUUACGCUUCUAUUCAAGAAUCCAGAAAGUUCAACUAUGGCACCAGCAAUACAAUCUUUGGUUCAGCUUAUCAAGAAGGCAGAUGAAAAUAACAAUUUGUCAGAUAUAAAGCAAGGUUCACAACACCGUCCAGUUUCUGCGCAUAAUCAGUACUAUCAGGACACCCGAGAUGAAAAGGAGCCAAUGCCUAUGCAUGGACGCAAGAGUUCACCUGAUGAAGAGCCUAGCAUACACAAAGGCCUAUGGAGUGCAGAUUCGCCAAUCGAGCGCACACUAACUGUUACAGCAACGAGAUCAGAGCCUGCAUCAACUACAACAGUGUACUUACCUCAAUAUCUAAACGAAGCAGAAAUAGCGCACCCAAGCAAACGAGCAAGUCCGCCAGAGCAAAGAACAUACGAACGAGAUAUAAACGAUGAAGGAUGGAGAGAUGCAGAUAAAAGACAAAUUGGUGCAAAUGAAAUAAAUACGAAUGGAGAUAAGAAUAACAACAUUAUUAGGCCAACAAUGAUACUAACCACAGAUAAUAUGGCAAACAAGCAAACAGAAAUGCCUAAGGAUACGCAAACAGACAAAGAGCCAACAAAUCCUCGUAUCAAACGAAAAGAUAACGGUCACAAGUGUAUAGAUGGAUACAACAAAGACGGAUCAUGCAUAAUGCCAAAAGAGGUUGAUUAUAAUCAAGAUAAGUUGAACAAUAUGUUGGAUGACCUGGUAAAUAAGGGCAGGAUACAUCUACAUAUUGUACCUGAUGAAACAUGUACACAUGGAAACUGUGAGAAACAAGACGAGAAUGCCCAUGGAGGGCUUGGAAAAGUGAUACGCAGCAAGAUAGAUAUUGGACUUCCGUUUUCAGAUAGACUCUAA